GCCUUCAAGUAAUCUGAAUUGUUCCUGAAUAGGCUGACUUUAAAUAAUUGUGCACAAUAAGACCAGCGUACAAACUUCAAACUUUUUUUUCCUCCAUCUACUCCGUCAUGCCUAAUCGAUUCACUGAGAACGCAAGGAUCCUGAGCGAAGAACAGCUUAGUAAUUUGCGUUACUACAAAUAUCAAGCAGUUGACAAAUCUCCAGUCAGUAAAUAUGUUUUACGCCAUUACUGGGAUUGGGCCAUUAAGCUCUUUCCUAUGUGGAUUGCUCCCAAUUUGAUCACAUUACUUGGCCUCUUUUUCAUGAUUUUCAAUGUCAUUCUGGUCGUCAUAUUCACACCAGACCUAGGUGUCGACGGACCACGAUGGAUAUACUUCAGUUUCGCUGCUGGUCUCUGGCUUUACUCAACUUUUGAUAAUGUUGAUGGCAGACAGGCUCGUCGAACCGGUACUUCUUCACCUCUUGGAGAAUUGUUUGACCACGGCUGCGACUCUGUUAAUUGUGCCUUUGUUGCUAUACUUCAAGCAGCUGGAAUGGGAAUGGGCCAUACAGUCCAAAGCGCUACCUUGGCCAUUAUUACAGCCUUAGGCUUUUACUUGUCAACAAUUGAAGAAUAUCACACAGGAGUUUUGUACCUUGGGUACGUCAAUGGUCCCACCGAAGGUCUUAUUUUGUCCUGUAUUGUCUUUAUCAUAUCUGGCAUAAAAGGACCUGAACUUUGGCAAUUGCCAUUGAGUAAGCUUUUUGCCUCCGUACCAUCAUGCGUUCAAGAUGCAACCAUGGCAGACAUUUUCGUAUACGGAUUGGCAUUUUUCUUCAUCUUUACACAUUUACCCGUAUGUAUCCAUACCAUAUAUCUGUCUUGCCGUCAGAAGCGUGAGGAAUUUUGGCCUGUAGUUCUGCACGAAUUCACGCCAAUCGUCGCGUUCUCUUUACUAUGCUAUGCUUGGCUUCAGUCUCCAUACUCUUACAUACUGUCGAGCGAGCACUUAAUUUUGUUCAUCACUACUACUGGAAUCAUCUUCGGAAGGAUCGCCUCCAAAGUCAUUAUCGCCCACCUGACAAAAUCUCACUUCCCAACCUUCUCUAAUCUUAUGAUACCCCUGUCUGUCGGCGUUGUCCUUGUCGAGUUUCCAAGGCUACUUCAUAUUAAUCCUAUUCUCAGCCCUCGAGCGGAAUUUCUGUAUCUUUGGGCCUUUUUCGCCUUUGCUGUGGUAUCGUAUUUACGCUGGGCCUUUAUCAUCAUCAACCAGUUCUGCGACUAUCUCGACAUUCAGUGCUUGAAGAUACCAUACAAAGCCAAUCGUAACGGCAAAGGCAGAGAGCGUACACCAUUAUUGCGUGAACAAGAAGAAGGGCAUGUUUAUGGAUCAUCUUCAGCUUGAAGGGUACUAUUUGUCUUGUAACAAAACAAUUUGAUUCCACUAUAGUAUUUAAUAAAAAGCAUCUUACUUUUAAAGCAAUGCGU